AUGGAAGCACUCCUCUCCCUCUCCUUCGACAACCUCUCUUCCUACGACCAAGCCAAGAUCCGCAAGGGCUUGCGACAGGUCGAGGGCCUGCUCGCGCAAAUCUGCUUGAGCUCGAGUAACUCGCCCAAGACCGCCGCAGAGAAGCGACGAUCGGUCAUCGACCCGGGGAAGGAACCGCCGCCGCGCAAAGCGCUGAGCGAACUCAGCGGCGACCCGGCAUUCAGAGAGUUCUUCAAAUUACAAGAUGGAUUCGAGUGGAACGUGGCGAUGCGCUUGGUCAAUUGCUUGGAUCGGUUGCUGGGCAAGACAAACGAUGGGCAGAAUGAUCUGUUGAUUAUCCAGACACUGGAUCUGAUUCAGGGGAGUUUGCUGCUGCAUCCGCCUUCUAGGAGCUUGUUCUCGAGAGAACUAUAUAUGAAUCAUCUACUUGACCUCCUCGAACCAGUCAACUGCCCUGCCAUCCAAUCCGCCACCAUCAUAACCCUCGUAUGCGCCCUCAUCGACACCCCGCAAAACACGCGUACGUUCGAGAACCUCGAUGGCCUUUUGACAAUAACCUGCCUCUUCAAAUCCCGCGAAACAAGCAGAGAAGUGAAGCUUAAGCUCGUCGAGUUCCUGUACUUCUACCUCAUGCCCGAAACGCCCUCGAUCCCCACUGCAAACAGCACCGUUUCUGUCCCCGCAAUGCUGCAACGCAGUCCGAGUAAACUCGCAGGAGCAUUCAACAACCGUACAGAUAAUGGUGCUGGUAGAAAGCGUGCCGAUAGCGAGAGCGACGCCACGAGAACCACAGAGGAAAAGCAGAACCUGUUGGCGCGAUACUUGAACAAUGUGAAUGAUUUGGUGGAGGAUCUGAAGGAGAGCACACCGUUUGGAGGCGUCCUGUCUUGA